CACCAGAAGGUUGUUUGCCAACCGCCAUAAAACCAAAGAAGAAGAAAGAAGGGGGAACAAUAAUACUGACGGACCAACAUGGCGGCGAACAAUCAUACUAUAAGAAAAUACCACUUCUGUAUUAAUUGAUGUUAAAAUAAGGUGAUUUAAAUCUUUUACUCUCGCUAUUUUAUAUUUUCUGUAUGAAAUCCACGCACUUUUGGUGUACGACCAUCGAGGAGUACAACAAAUGUUGGAAGCAAUGUGGGGUGAGAUCGAACCUCGCGUUAAAACACAACCGAACCCGUCUAAUGAAUCUAAUAAGGAUGACCGAAGUACAACACCCGAAACACCGGCAGUGGUAGAGCUACGUUUUCCCUCCAUAGUCCCUCAGGAGCCCCUGGAAGACACGCAGAAUGUUCCAGCUCAUGUCAGCGCUUUGUUGGAGGUUGUGGUUGUGAGUGGAAGUCAAGUGAAAAGUCAGCAGAUGGGGGAUGCUGAAUUGACACCAGAGGAGCGUAAAAGGGAGCUGCUGCUUCAGUACAGAAGCAAGCCACUGGUUUUCCUGGAGAGAUAUCAUAGCUACCUGAAGCCUGAGCAUCUGCGAUCUUUUUCCCAUGUCAGCGCCGACCCACGGACUCAACACUACGCGGAAGUGAUCCAUAGGCGAGCUGCAGAAAGCACAAACAGGACGCGAGUGAGAAAUCAGCGCUAUGCUGCUCUCAGGGCCUUGCAGAAAGGUGGUCAAUAUUUCAGUGAAGAAGAGAUGCGAACCAGGGCACCACUACUGUAUGAACAGUAUAUUGGACAGUACCUAACCGAUGAAGAAGUGCUGGAGCGCUCCCAAGGGGCCAUGUUGGAUGGUGCACAUGGGGGACCUGAGGUACAAGGAGGAGUACCUGGAGGUCUCGCCCACCUGCUCCUAAACUCCUACCAAGAGCGUCUCACCCAGGGUCGUCUGCAGGAGGAGCAGGAGAGAGAGGAUAACGCGGAGGAGGAGGACGAGGAAGAAGAAGAUGCCGGAGUCCAGGAGAAGACCUGGGAGCCGACCAAUGAAGAGAAGGCUCUUCUACGGGAGGAGUUUAUCAGCCAGAUGCACCAACGCUUCCUUAAUGGCAAUGACAAGGAUUUCAACUACAGCGAAGUAGAUGAGAACCCAGAUUUCGACAACCUGGACAUCGUCAGCAGGGAUGCAGAAGAAAAGUACUUUGACGAAGAUGAUGAGGAAGAAGAUGAAGACGAAGAAAUGACACAAUAGUGACUGCAGUUGUAAUUGGUGUUUUCCCUAAUACUAAUCCAAGGAAAAAGUCUGGAGAAAGACGAGUCAUCUUAUAUUUGGCAAGCUCGUCGCAGCUUUUCUUCCGGUCACUCACAUCUGCUGGGAGGGUGCUUCAAAGGUUGUGAAAGCACAAAGGAGUCAUAAUCAAAUACCGUUUUUUAUUGUAAUCGACCAGUUAUUAUAUUGAUUGAUUGAAAACAUUUUGUAAUUAUUUAUUUUCUUUCACAAAUCUUUUCAAAAAACGUCUUCAGAAAGUGGCAUUGCGUUACAUUCAAGCCGAUACGGUAAGUCACUGAGUUAAAAAAUUGUGUAUUUUUCAGUCUACACAUUUUUAAUACAAUAUUGUUUUUAGACCUUAUAUAUUACUGUAAUCUUUAUUUCUUGUGAGAACCAGCAAGCCUGCAUACUUCUUGGCAAUCUUUAGGUAUAUUCAUUCAAAACAAACAACUUGAGGAGUACAAUAUUGUCGUAAUGUUUAGUCAAAAUUGCAAUAAUAGCUGAAAAAUUUUAGAAUGUGGUAGUUUUGUGUUGGCAUGACGUGUUAUUCCUCACUUUUUGUCAGCCAGCCUCUGCAGGAGAGCAAUGACCGUGUCCUGCUUGGAGGAGAGCAGCUCCAGAGCCGUGGCAAUCCUGCAAAGUGACUUCGCCAUCCGCACCUCCCUCCUUUCACGCCGUCUUUCCCUCGCUUGCACCCGGUCUUGAGCGACGCCGUCCAGCUGAGUCUGCUCCUCCCUUUUCUUCAAAAUCUCUUGGUACAAGCAGGCGUUGGUUUGCUCCUGGUUUGCCUUGUGGCCUUCGGGGAAACUGCGACGGAAGCAUAUGACGUCUGUCGGGGAUGGCCGAGCUUUGCGGGACAUGUUCAUAUCGGACCCGAGCGAAGGGAGGGCGGUUUGUGUGAAACAAGAUGGCGGUGGUUCAGUGGAGGUUAAAUGAAGACUGCUUGUAACAAUGUCACUAUUUACUACCAGCAGAGGUUUGAGGUCCAGACUUUCUGUUUGGCGAAGAGUCGCAGACAUGGCAUCACUGUUACUACUGCUGCUGCUGGCAGGAGACUGACCCUUGACCUCUGAUUCUGCUUGAAUAAGCAUGGAGGAGAAGCUCCCAUUGGUGCGGAUGAUGGCGGUCGGCAGUUUGGGUGUAAUCUUUGGGGCGCCGCCGCCUCCUUUGCCACGUUUGUUACUGAUGUAAGAACCCACCGUGUCACACAGCGUGGCAUCCAUCAGCUGCAAGGUAGGA